GAAGUGGCAAAGCGUAUGUGUGAGUGAGAAAGAAGUGAAGAAGUUUGUUGUGAAAAGAAGAGACAGAGGAAGAAGCAAGUAAAAAUGGCGGCGAGAGGAGGAGCUUUGCUGAAGUACCUGAGAGUGAGUGUAAAGGCCUCACCUACUACUAGAAACCCUAACAACAACGGCCUCUUCGGUCUCUCCUUCAAUACCAUCUGCCGCCGUUUCUCCGAGGAAGUUAGAGGCACCUUUCUUGACAAAUCCGAGGUCUCCGAUCGAGUUGUCAAUGUUGUCAAGAACUUCCAGAAAGUCGAUCCUUCCAAGGUUACACCUGAUGCCCAUUUCCAGAAUGAUCUUGGGUUAGAUAGUUUAGACACUGUUGAGAUUGUGAUGGCCCUUGAAGAAGAGUUUAAGUUUGAGAUCCCAGAUAAUGAAGCAGACAAGAUCAGUACCGUCAGUCUUGCCAUUGACUUCAUAUCUUCUCACCCUCAAGCAAAGUAGGGGAAGUGCGAACCUGCUGUCUUUACUUCCUUCUUUUUCUACAAGGAUUAGCUGCAUGAGUAAAAUCUCGUAUUUUGGUACCUAUUUUUCCUUUGAAAACAUGUUUGAUAUGUCUGUCGAUUCAUCCAUCCUGAAUUAUGGUUGAAGAGGAUUGUUUCAGUAUUUGUGACUUGAAUGCUUGCUCAUCCAGUUGAAGGGACUUGUAAUGUUCUAAUGAACCAAACUACUGGUUGACACAAGUUGUUCACGUCUAUCUGAUAUCUUUAAUAAAAAAAAAAAAAUUAGAGGUCA